AUGGAAAAGCUACAAGCAUCAAUCGAGCAACGAGUACCUGUCAAAAACGUUCAUAUACCGGAUGAACUAACCAAUUAUACCUCACAAUUAGGAUUUGUUGAAUUUAUCAAACCACAGGUUGACAAUAACCCAUUUUAUUUCAAGAACCUACUAUCACAUUACAUAGGUAGAAUUGAGGUGUUGAAUGAGGAAACGUCUGACGAAAUUUACGAGCUAUACGUCGAUGAAAAGAUUCUCAAUGCAAAAGAAUUGCCACCAGACGUACCCGAUAUAAUCAAAUACCAUAUUGGUGGAUUCAAUACCGAUUCUUUUGGCGCCAACGACGUGGUAGUAAUGAAGGAAAUGCCAAGGUUGAUAUCUGGGAACAACACAACCGGAUUACGCACAUGGGAGGCAGCUUUGUUCCUAUCGAAUAUUCUCAAUGACAUGGAAGCUUGCUCAAAACUCUUGCCCUUUGAUUUGAAAGAUAAAACAGUGGCUGAAUUAGGAUGUGGCACGGGACUAUUGGGAUUAUCAUUAGCCAAAAGAUAUCAUACGAAUUCGCCUUUAAAGAAAAUUUUGAUGACUGAUGGUUCAGCCACAGUAUUUGAUAAUAUACAUGAAACGUUGAAGAGAAAUAAUUUACAGGAUUCAAAUGUGCUUCAAUUUCAACAAUUUAUGUGGGGUGAACCGUUGACUGUUGAGGACAAUGUAGAUGUUGUUAUUGCAGCUGAUGUAACUUACGACCUGAGUAUACUUGAACCGCUUUGCCGUUCAAUAAAUGACUUCUUCCAGCUAAAAGGAUUGCAAUUCACAGUAAUCGCGGCUACAGUGAGAAAUAUAGAAACUAUUGAAUCUUGGGAAAGAGAGCUAGACAAGUGGUUCCCUAACAGAUGGAAAAUUGCAAUACUGGAAAAGAGUGCAGGGACAAUUUCAGCCAAUUGCUAUUUCGAUGCAAAUACUCUUGAGAUACGUGUAUAUACUAUAAAACGGGACUAA